AUGCAAUUAAUAUCAACCAUAAAUCAAAAAAAUGAUAAUAAUAAUAAUAAUCAACAAUUAAUAUCUCAAAAUUCAUCAUCUUCAAUAAAUUCAAUAUUUGAUGAAAUAAAAAAUUUAAAUUUACAAACUCAAUCAAAUACUUCUACAAUAACUCCAAUAAUAUCAAGAAAUGGUUCUAUAAAACAAAAUAAUAAUUUUAAAUUAACAAAAACUAAAACAAAAGAUGAAGAAUUUUUAAAAAUUUUAAAUUCAAAAUUAAAUAAUUUAUCAAAUAUACAAACACAAUCAGAAGAAACUCAAAUUAAUCUUAAUUCAAAACUUGUUGUAUUAUUAGUUGGAUUACCAGCAAGUGGUAAAUCAACAAUUUGUAAACAAUUUCAAUCAUAUAUAAAUUUAAAAACAAACUAUAAAUCCAAGAUAUAUAAUGCAGGAAAUAUAAGAAGAUUAUCAAAUAAUUUUCAAAAAAUAAAUUCAAAUUUUUUUAAUCCUGAAAAUAAAGAAAAUUUAACUAAAAGAGAAGAAUAUGCAUUUAUUUGUAUAAAUAAUUUAAUUGAAGAUUUAUCAAACAAUGAAAUUAAUAUUGGAUUUUUUGAUGCAACAAAUACAACAAUUGAAAGAAGAAAUAAAUUAAUUAAUAAAAUUCAUUCAACUACUACAAACACUAAAAUAAUAAUAUUUGAUAUAAAAUGUGAAAAUCAAAAUUUAUUAGAAUAUAAUAUAUUAAAUGGAAAAUUAAAUAAUUUAGAUUAUUGUUUUGAAAAUGAUAAAACAAAAGCUUUAAAAGAUUUUAAAAAAAGAAUUGAUUAUUAUAUGAAAGUUUAUCAACCUAUCACCACCAAUGAAAUUGAGAAUUAUAAUGGUAAAAUUAAUGGUUAUGUUUGUUUGAUUAAUGGUUGUGAAGAAGAAGAAAAUAGUAAUUCUUUUGAAAUAACUGAACUUAAAGAUGAUGAUAAAAAUGAUAAUGAUUGGUAUUUUGAUUUACUUUAUGAGUUUAAGGAGAGUUAUAUGAAAAAUUAUGGUGAUGAUUAUUUUAAAAAUUAUAAUGAAUGGAAACAAAAAUAUAAUAAAUAG